AUGGAUCCAGAAGGAAUCGAUGGAGUUCGUAUGACUUGGAACAUCUGGCCACGAACCAAAAUCGAAGCCAGCAAAUGCGUCGUCCCUUUCGCCGCUUCCAUCUCUCCGAUCCGUCACCACCGCGACAUCAUCUCCUUGCCUUACGCUCCUCUCUGCUGCGCCAACUGCUCCGCCGCACUCAACGCCUACGCACGUGUCGAUUUCAACGCGAAGCUAUGGAUCUGCCCAAUCUGCGUCCACCGCAACAAGUUCCCGCUUCACUAUCACCAGAUCUCAGAGACCAAUCUCCCUCAAGAGCUCUACGCUCAGUACACCACCAUCGAAUACACUCUCCCCGAUCAACCCGGGGCUGCUCCUGCUGCGGCCGAUCAUCACUCGGCGUUCGUUUUCGUGCUGGACACGUGUAUGAUCGAGGAGGAGUUUGAUUUUGCGAAAUCGGCUAUUAAGCAGGCGAUUGGGUUGUUUCCGGAUAACGCUCUGGUUGGGUUCGUCUCGUUCGGAACGCAGGCGCACGUGCACGAGCUAGGGUUUUCCGAUUUGGCCAAGGCCUAUGUUUUCAGAGGAGAUGCGGAGGUUUCAAAGGAGCAAGUUUUGGAGCAAUUAGGUCUUGCUGCUUCUGGUAGACGAGGCCCAAUUGGUGGUUAUGGUUUCAGCAAUGCUGCUCUCAAUAGGUUUCUGUUGCCUGCUUCCGAGUGUGAAUACACACUUGAUUCUCUGUUGGAGGAGCUGCAAACGGAUCAGUGGCCAGUUAAGGCUGGUUGUCGUCCUUUGCGGUGCACCGGAGUGGCUUUGAGUGUGGCCGUUGGACUGCUUGGAGCUUGCUCUCCGGGAACUGGAGCCAGAAUCAUUGCUUUAGUUGGAGGUCCAUGUUCUGAGGGGCCAGGGACGAUUGUGUCAAAGGACUUAUCAGAACCCUUGCGCUCGCAUAAAGAUCUUGAUAAAGGUGCAGCUCCGUUCUAUGAGAAAGCAGAGAAGUUUUAUGAUGGUCUUGCUAACCAAUUGGUUGAUCAAGGUCAUGUACUUGACAUUUUUGCAUCUGCGCUUGAUCAGGUUGGUGUUGCUGAGAUGAAAGCUACAGUUGAAAGAACUGGAGGGCUUGUUGUUCUAUCAGAAAGCUAUGGCCAUUCAGUAUUCAAAGACUCUUUCAAGCGAGUAUUUGAGGAUGGUGAACAAUCUCUCGGUCUUUGUUCCAAUGGAAUACUUAAGAUAAACUGUUCAAAGGACAUCAAAGUGCAAGGGAUUAUUGGACCUUGUGCGUCAUCGCAAAAGAAAGGACCUAGUGUUGGUGAUACAGUUAUUGGGGAAGGGAAUACUACAGAAUGGAAGAUGUGUGGCCUUGACAAAAGUACAUGUUUGACUGUCUUCUUUGAUAUAUCUUCUAGUGACCAAUCAAGCAAUCCUUCUGGAGAUAACCUACUAUAUCUACAGUUUCUUACAAGUUACCAAAAUCCACAAGGCAAAAAAUUACUUAGUGUUACAACUGUUUGUAGACAAUGGGCAGAUACUGAUAUUAGCACUGAGGAAUUAGUGCAAGGUUUUGAUCAAGAAACUGCAGCUGUGGUGAUGGCAAGAUUAGCUUCCUUGAGAAUGGAAACAGAGGUGGAAUUUGAUGCCACGAGAUGGCUGGAUCGAAACCUAAUUCGUAUUUGUUCUAAAUUUGGUGAUUACCGGAAGGAUGAGCCUAAUUCAUUCACCCUCAAUCCAAACUUUUCACUAUUCCCUCAGUUUAUAUUCAAUCUCCGACGCUCACAGUUUGUGCAGGUGUUCAACAAUAGUCCAGACGAAACUGCCUACAACCGCAUGCUAUUAAACAGAGAGAACAUAUCAAAUGCAGCCGUCAUGAUUCAGCCAUCUCUAACAACAUACUCUUUUAACUCAACACCUCAACCAGCAUUGCUUGACGCUGCUUCAAUCGCUGCAGACCGUAUCCUCUUGUUGGAUUCAUACUUCAGCAUUGUCAUAUUCCAUGGAUCCACAAUAGCACAGUGGCGUAGUCUUGGCUAUCAGAAUCAACCCGAGCAUCAGGCGUUUGUGCAACUAUUGCAAGCGCCUCAAGACGAUGCUCAGAUGAUCGUUCACGGACGUUUCCCAAUGCCAAGAUUAGUUGUAUGCGAUCAGCAUGGAUCUCAGGCAAGAUUUUUGUUGGCAAAGCUAAACCCUUCAGCAAGUUACAAUGAGAGCGAGACCAUGAACGAUGUAAUCUUCACAGACGAUGUUAAUCUUCAAGUUUUCUACAAACAUCUCCAGAAAUUAGCCGUACAAUCUUGA